CCGCUAGGCGGCAGCAUAAACCCUAACCAGGAGCCAGACGCAGGGCUGCGGGUUAUCGUGUUUCGGUUUCAACCCCUAAAAAAAACAGCUAAAAUCCCGCAAACAUGCCCACAUCUUAGCCGCCUCCGGCCGCAUCAUGUCCAGCAUCCAGCUCCUCCGGGUCCUGGUCAACGAGCGGCUCUCCGCGGCCGCAGACGAGAUCUUCGAGGCGGUGAAGAAAACCAUCUCGGACUACGAGGAUGAGCUGCUGCUCUCCAAGCAGGAGCUCCAGCGGCAGCGGAGGAUGCUCCAGGGGAUGGCCGGGCCUCCAGAGAGCCCGGGUGGGCGCCCAGCAGAGGAACCCCAGUUGACCCUGUGCGUCUGGGACGAGGACUUUACCUCGGAGCAGCAGCAGAAAGAAGAGCAGCCUGAGCCGAACUGGAGCUCUGGUUCAAACCGGGAGCCCUCGGUUCCCGGUGGGAGGCGUCAGCUGGAGGAGAGCAGCAUCAUCAAGGUCAGCUUCACGCCUCCUGACCAGGGGAACCAGGCCAGCCCCAAAGGGUUCAGCGAGCUGACGGUGAAAGAGGAAGAGGAGGAUCCUGUGCCGAGCACCUCCGCCCAGCAGGACGAGGCCGACCGUGACUCCACCAGCUGCAGCGAGAAUGACAGCGGAGAGGAGUGGAGGGCCAGCUCCCAGUCCCAAAGCCAAAGUAGCAGCAAGAAGAAGAAGAAGAAGAAGAAAAGAAAGAACGCAAAGAAGAAGGUUCCCCGCCCACCGGUGGCCCCCAAACUGAACCCGACCAAAAAGAACAAGUCUCAGAUCUGCUGCAAGGUGUGCGGCCGAGCCUUCCUGCUCACCGUGUCUCUGGUGAACCACAUGGAGGCUCACUCCAAGGACGUGUGCGGCGUGUGCGGCGAGCGCUUCGACGGCGAGGCCAGCUUCGACGCUCACCUGAGACGGCACGUGAAGGCGGAGAGCUGCGGCGUCUGCGGGAAGUGCUUCACCAGCUCCAGCGGCCUGGAGAUCCACAUGAGGAUCCACACGGGGGAGAAGCCCUUCGUCUGCAGCGAGUGCGGCAAGCGCUUCACCACGCGCGCCAACAUGGUGCGGCACGUGCGCAUCCACACCGGGGAGCGGCCGUACACCUGCACGGUGUGCGGCCGCAGCUUCAACGACUACACCACCCUGAAGCGCCACCUGUUCGUACACUCCGCGAGGAGCGGCGGCGGGGAGGCGUCGCGGGAAAACGGCGACAGGAAGAGCCCCUCAGUCAGGAAGCCGCGCGCCGCGUGCAAGGUGUGCGGCAUGACGUUCCACUCGGUGCUCUCCCUGCUGAAUCACGGCAAGCGGCACGAGACGGACGCCUGCUGCGUGUGCGGCGACCGCCUCGGCUCGGCGGACGGCCUGGCGGCUCACCUGGACACUCACAAGAACGGGAAGGAGUGCGAGGUGUGCGGCAAGUGCUUCGACAGCCAGGGUCACCUGGAGAUCCACCUGAGGAUCCACACCGGGGAGAAGCCGUUCGUCUGCACCGAGUGCGGGAAGUCCUUCACCACCCGGCCGCACCUGGUGCGGCACAGCAGGAUCCACACCGGGGAGAGACCGUACACCUGCGGCUUCUGCGAGAAAAGCUUCAACGACUACACCACCCACAAGCGCCACCUGCUGAUCCACAUCAAAGACGGCGGUCCGGGGAGCCCGUCUGCAGCCCCGGGCGACCACAGGGAGGGCGGUUCGCUUCCAAAACGCCCGCAGGUGGCGUGCAAAGUGUGCGGGGCGAGCUUCCGCUCCACGAUUUCUCUGGUGAAUCACGCCAAAGGCCACGGCGCGGACCUCUGCGGCGUCUGCGGCCAUCAGUUCGCCUCCAGGGAGAGCCUCAAGCUCCACCUGAAGACGCACAUCAGCAAGCGGGUGUGCGACGUGUGCGGCAAGUGCUUCGACUCCCAGGGCCACCUGAAGGUGCACCUGCGCGUGCACACGGGGGAGAAGCCGUUCAGCUGCAGCGAGUGCGGGAAGUCCUUCAACUUCCGGCAGAACAUGCUGCGGCACGCCCGCGGCCACACGGGGGAGAAGCCGUACGUGUGCGCGGUGUGCGGCCGCGGCUUCAGCGACCGCAGCUUCCUGACGCAGCACCGCAACACGCACACCGGGGAGAAACGCCACCGCUGCCAGGUGUGCGGGAAAACCUUCAACCGCAAGACCUACGUCCGGCUUCACAUGAUGAAGAUACACACCUCGGAGAAAUCGCGGAAAAAAAUGGAGGAUUAAACCGUCUGAGUCCCAAAGCGGGCGGAACUUAAAAGCAUGAAUCAAGCAGAAUGAUUUAACGAGUUUAGGAAGAAUUUUGUGUUUUUUUUGCGUUUCUGACAAAAGGUUGGUAGUUGCAGUAAGUGAUGAGAAUUCGUGUCUCAUCUGAAACUACAGAACAAAGAAGAAAUAUCGUCAACUACAGUUUUUUUUUUUUUUUAUUAUUGAAAAGGUUGAAUUUGUUUCUGUAAAACCAGACAAAGAUACGCUGGCGCCCUCUAGUGGCGGACAUGCCCAAAACUGCUCACGGUGGUCUAAGGUUCAAAACUAAACCCUAAAAAUAACCCAAAGACGGAAACGUUUCCAUUAGAUAUUAGAGACCUGGAAUGAGCCUCCUCUCUUAGGAUUAUUAUUAUUAUUCCUUUAUUUAACCAGGAAAAGUCCCAUUGAGAUUAACAAUCUCUUUUUCAAGGGAGU